UGUCCUCAGUGAGGCUUGAGCGGCCCGGACGAGACUGAAGUCCCUGGGGCCUUCAAGGUCACCCCGGACGCCCCCUCGCUGACUCUCCAAGAGCCUCUCGUCCCUUCUCUGCCCCCUCCAGCUCCCGGCCGGAGUCUCAGCAUGGCGGACGAGAGCGGCGAUGCUGCUGGGGCACCCCAACCCGCUCCCAUGCGACGGCGCUCUUCCGCCAACUACCGCGCCUACGCCACGGAGCCGCACGCCAAGAAAAAGUCGAAGAUCUCCGCCUCGAGAAAACUGCAGCUGAAGACCCUGAUGCUGCAGAUAGGGAAGCAGGAGCUGGAGCGCGAGGCAGAGGAGCGGCGCGGGGAGAAGGGCCGCGCUCUGAGCACGCGGUGCCAGCCCCUGGAAGUGGCCGGGCUGAGCUUCGAGGAGCUGCAGGACUUGUGCCGGCAGCUCCAUGCCCGGAUAGACAAAGUGGACGAGGAGAGAUACGAUGUGGAGGCAAAAGUCACCAAGAACAUCACGGAGAUCGCAGAUCUGACCCAGAAGAUCCUUGACCUCCGGGGCAAGUUCAAGCGGCCCACGCUGCGGCGGGUGCGGAUCUCGGCGGAUGCCAUGAUGCAGGCGCUGCUGGGGACCAAGGCUAAGGAGUCCUUGGACCUGCGGGCCCACCUGAAGCAGGUGAAGAAGGAGGACACGGAGAAGGAAAACCGGGAGGUGGGAGACUGGCGCAAGAACAUCGAUCUGCUGAGCGGCAUGGAGGGCCGCAAGAAGAAGUUUGAGGGCUGAGCCUCCCGCGCACCCUGAGGAAUAAAGCUGUGUCUGAGCUGGGA